CUACGCAUUUUCCUACCAAUCUUAUCACAUGGCGCGAACGAAACAUAAUACCGGUUAUCAAGCAGUCAGCCCAUUCAGUGUGUUUUUCGGCUAUCAGGAGUCAUCUUUGCAUUGAAAUGACAAUAUAUUUAUAGUAAAUGUUGUACAGAUAUGUCGUGGUUUGGCAAAAAAUUCAGAAGAACUGGAGGUUCAAAUUUAGAUGAUUUUUUUAAAUCGUCAAAUGCUCCUGAAGUAUACAAGAAGAUGCUAUGCUCGAAUGUGCCGACGUGGUGCUACAGGCUGCUGGACCCACAAACUCUACAGCUGGAGGUGGUAGCAGAUAACUUUAACUUCACCAAGACCUGCCCGCUGGGCGUCGAACAGGAGAUCAUAAGCCUCGAAGGAGCCAAAUCAUACAUGACAUUAACUUUGGAAGGAGAAAACGUGAUGAAACAGAGAAUCAGGAAGCCAAACGGAUCAAUAGCUAACUUCAAAAGAGAAUUCUUUGAACGAUCAGCUGUCAUGACAAUCACAAUGGAGGGCGCGGAUGUUCGGAAGGCACAUGUUUUCUACGAGGUGGUUGACUGAAUAUUUACAUAGUUUUAAUUAUUUAUAAAAGUAUUACUUACUAAUAUAUUUUAAAAUACCUACCUAUUAAAUAUUAAGAAGUUAAUUUGUAAAUAAAGAAUAAGAUCUCAUACGAA